GGAUACACAGCUUGUGGAAUCAUCUGAGUGUAGUUGGGGAUAGUUGAGGUGAUAGUGGAGGUGGAUAAGAGGGGUUUUGAUUGGGGGGGGAUGGUUGAUGACAGUGUGGCGGAGGGGGUUUUCGCCCUGGGCGAGAGGGGAGGUGGAGUGGCCACGGUGGAGGUAGUGGUGGAUGAAGUUGGCGGUGAUGUUGAUGUGGAGGUUGAAGCGGAGGCUUGUCCGGAGGAGGGGGUGGUUUGGGGUAUGGAGGAGGGGGGUAUGGUCGUGGUGAGGACCGUGAUGGUGGGGGUGUUUCCCUCGAGCUUGGUGAUGCGGUCGCAUAUGGCCGACAGGUUGGCCUUUAUGUCCUCCAGAGAGGUGGUGACGGAGGUUUGGAGGGUGUUGAGUGCGUGGAGGAUGGCGGAGAGGUCGGGGGUGGCGGUGUUUGCCGGUGGUUGUUCGCCUGCGAGGUUGCGGGCGAUGCUAUCGACCGAGUCGGUGCGGAUGUCAUACAUGUUGAUGGAGGAUGCGGUCAUGUCGAGGGAAGAGGGAGUGGAGGAUGCAGCCGAAACGGAUGCGGAGGAUGUCGCAGCAGCGGUGACAGCAUCGGCGGCGUCGGCAUCCGCAGCGGCGCGUUGGGAGUUCUUGGUUUCGCGUGGUGACAUGUGGAGGUGGGGGGGGCAACUCCUAUUUGCAAUAAUAGAGCCUAAAUUAAUUUGAAUUUAUUUGAAAAUGAUUCGCGAGUGUAUUUUUCAAGAAAAUACGAAAGCAAAAUUUUCAGGAAUUUCCAAAUGAAGAAAAGGAAUAAUU